AUGCAGUUCAAGGCCUCCAUCCUCGCCCUCGCCGCCUCGGCCGCCGCCCAGAGCACCACCGCCAACUCGCCCCAGACCAUCAACGGCACCGUCCACGUCACCACCGUCGUCUCGAGCUUCACCACCUACUGCCCGCAGCCCACGGUCCUGACCUUCAACGAGGUCUGCUACACCGUCACCGCGCCCCAGGUGCUGACCGUCACCAACUGCCCCUGCACCAUCGUCACUCCCGUGCCCGUGCCCGUCAAGCCCGUCUGCCCCCAGGGCGGCUGCGUCGUGCCCGUCUGCCCUCCCGGCGGCUGCAUCACCGUCACCCCCGUCCCCGUCGUGCCCGUCACCCCGGUCGCCCCGACCGGCUCGUGCGGCACCGCCGGCUGCGUCCCCCCCCAGCCCACCUUCGUCGUUGCCGGCGCCCCCAAGGCCCAGGGCAUCGCCGGCGCUGCCGUCGCCCUUGGCGCCGCCGCCCUCGGCGCUCUUGCUCUGUAA